ACGUUCGGCCCUCCUCUCCUCCUUCCUUUUGGCCAUUGGGAACCAAAAACAAAAAUCAUGGGAGCAUGAUGCAAUCACCAUCUAUAUCUGCUUUGGAGAAGCCAAUGGAUGGAAUUUGUGCUCCACUGGGUGAUGAGAAUUAAAGCUUGGAUUGUGUAGCAGGGAAUGUAUAGCACAGAGCUGAGAUGUGAUGAGAUGGAGAAGAGGGGAGGGAAAAAAGGCGAGAUUUUUAUACCUACCUUGUGAGCACCAGCCUAUUGCCUGUCAAGCUUCCUGAUUAAGAGAUACCUUCCUCCUGGGAUUACCGAACCAUUACCUUCUUUCCUUUCUUCCCCGUCUCUCCCUUUCUUUUCUCGCUCUAGAUAGUUUGGUUUGGCCUCUUCUCUCCUCUCUCCUGAUGCGCGUCGCCAUCAGCAUAAUGCCGGCGGUGCUGUUGCUGUCUGCAAAGGUGUCGGGGAUGCACGCGCGGUGGUGGUAGGCGGCCAAAGAAGUUUUCUUGGGGUUGGGGGGGAGGGGGAGGGAGAGGAGUCCGGCGGGGUGGGCGGGCUGGCAUGAAGGACUUGGUGUCGUGCUUCAGCGAGCACGCCGUGCGGAUCUCUGACGUCGCGUGCUCCGGCGGCGCAAAUGCGGGGGCGGCGGCCGCCUGCGCGGCGGCAGGUGUGGCGGGGGGCGGCGAUGGUGGUGGUGGUGGCGUGGGGAGGGCGGCGGUGAGCGCGGUGACGAGCGUGUACAGGUCGCGGCUCUCGGCGUCCGGGAAGGAUUUGGUGAUCGACGUGACGUGGUCGCGGGCGCCCGACGGGCCGGCGCUCUCCGUCGCCGUCCACGACGCGGCGGCGGCGUCGUCGAGGCUUCGGGCCGGCGGGGCCGCCGCCGCGGCGCCGAGGCACCUGCACAGGAGGAAGGGGAGCGGGACGUUCACCGCCGGGAGCUGCGUGGUGGGCGUGUUCUGGGACUUCGCGGCGGCGCGGUACGCGGCGGGGCCCGAGCCGGUGUCCGGGUUCUACGUCGCCGUCGUCGCCGACGCCGAGUUCGUCCUCCUGCUCGGCGACAUGAGCCGCGGGUACGUGGAGCGGUUGCACGGCGGGAUACCGAUCGCCGGGUCACGGAUGGCGCGGCGGCGGGAGCGGUUCGUCGGGUGCGGGUGCUGGUCCACGAGAGCGCGGUUCCUUGAUUCCGGCGCCGAGCACGAGAUCGUCGUCGCGCUGGACGGCGAUGCGGAGGCGUGGGUGACCGUCGACGGGCGGAAGGUGGUGCAGCUGCGGCGGCUGCGGUGGAACUUCCGCGGCAGCCACACCCUCUUCCUCGACGGCGGCGCGCCGGUGGACAUGACGUGGGACCUCCACGGCUGGCUCUUCCACGCGGUCGACCCCUCGCCGGCCUCCUCCUGCGCCGUGUUCACGUUCCAGACGCGCGGCGCGUCGGAGACAAAGUUCUGGAUAGAGGACGACGGCGACGCCGAUGCCGACGACGAGCUGGAAAAAUCUCAGCCACCGGCAGCGCCGCGCGGUCACAGACAGAAGCUAGCCGGCGGCGGCGGUGGCGGCGCGCCGUCAGGGCAGGGUUUCUGCCUGCUGAUCCAAGGUUUCAGGAGCUCAUCCAAGAUCAUCGCUUGAUCUGUAAAUGCCAUGAGAGAUCUGCCAUUCUUUCUCACUUCUUCUUCUUGCUUGCUUACUUUGCUUGUGAAUUUAGGAUCAAAAUUCGAUGAUGGGUUGGUGCUAAUUCUUACUGAUUAAUCCGAUGCAUGACAGGAGUGUGAAAUGUAGGAGUAGGAGUUGGAAGGUUGACAUAUACAGUACAACGGGUUGUGUGUUUCGUUUUGGUUUGCUGUCGUCGCCGUGCAGAUUUAAGACAUGAUGACUGUAACAAUGUUCUAAUUUGCAGAGAAUACACCAAAAGGUUGCAACUUUUUAC